AUGACUUUUAACGACGAAACACUCCUGGCUGUAUUUGACAGCUUACAAGUAAAAGAUGUUUCAAAGGACGGUGCCAUUGUAUACAAAGUUAGGGUUUUGGAAGAAGAUGAUAAUGGUAGAACGCCGAAAGACCCGAAAUUUAACGAAAGAUACAAAACCGUUUUCCAUACUCUGGCCGAAAGAGAAAAUAAGGAAGUGAUCAAUCAUCCCGCAAUUAGACUGUUGGUCAACUAUAAAUGGACCAAAUGGGCAAAGUACAGAUUUAUGCUGAAUAGUUGUUUUUAUUUAUUCAGUUUGAUUUCACUAACAAUUUCGGUAGCUUUUUCUGCGACAACUGCUGAUGUUAAAACGUACAACAAUGGCUUACAAUAUGCACGAGGCUUUUUUGAAGUUGUUUCAUAUGGAACUUUCGUCAAAUCAUUCGGUUUAGAAAUGUGCCAAUUGAUGAGGUAAGCAGUUAGACGCUAUUUAUAACCUGACGUUUUAUUUUCAACAGCAUUAAGGUGACGGUCACACAAAUUUCGAAAGCUUUUCUUAAUCGAUAAGUAUUCCGCUGUGAUUAUUAGAUAUGAUCUUCUUGUUGUUGUUUUUCUAUGUUACUUAUUAUAUACUUCUGAAAGCGUAUCAGUUGUCGUAUUGUUCAGACUAAUAGUAACUUGAGUAACAUUAACGCUGUGUAUUCCAAAGUGAUGUGGUCACUAUAAUUAUACCUCCUUCUGAGUCUGAUUACCGCAUCAAGUCUUCCAGGUUUCAAGUGCAUUAAUUUAGGUUGCCUUGAUGCUGUUUAUUUCGAUCUUUCCAAGUUCGACGCCGAGAAUUAACGAAGUCAGACAAGCUUAUGCUAGGAAAAUUAAAGUUAUGAUUUUAAACUAACAAAAGUACAUGUGAAUCUGAUUAAAUGCAUAUCAUGGUCAGAUGGUAAGAUUGU